CUAGAUUAAAAAUAAUUUGUGUUUUAGCAGUGUGUAAAUAUGUGCUUUGCUGGAUUUCAGCAGCAUAUCUUGGAUACUUAUGUUGACAUUUGGUGAUAAUCCUUUUUAAAUGUUUGUUUUUUAAGGAAUUACUGGGUGAAGGAUGGUGAAUUUAAUUUACUGUCUGACGAUUUUUCCACGGCUGUUGAUGGAUAAAAUCUCCUAUGCUCUAACAAAGUUCCUCUAGUUCCUCUGGGCCCAUUUCUCUAUUGAAAAGAAAUGGGCCCACAGCAUCACAGAUCCUCUACCAUGUAGUGAGCAUCGGGUGCUGCUCCACAUGUCUUAAUCUAUCGGAGCGUUUGCUGCCAAAAAGUCCAAUCUUGGCUUCAUCUGAGCAUGAUUCCAGUUUUAUUGAACUACAUGUUUAUUUUUGAGGUGCUAACAGUCUUUUUCUCUCCUCGCUCUGAAUCAAUAAUUUGGUGCAUAGGCAGCAUCCAAAAACUGUUAUGGAGACAUCAUGACUUCAAGAUGCUGCGGCUUUCUAAUAGCUCGUUUGUUAUCCCCUUUAGAGCAGCUUGGAUUGUCAUCCAGCCUUGCUUCUCUCCAGCUGUUUGUUUGUGACUGAAUGUAGAUUUUGUCAAGGUUGGGUUUGUAGCAGCUUUUUCUAGACUUCUAAAAAUUAAUAUUUGUUUUUUCUUGAUUGGCAUGUUCUCUUGUCUUCCUCAUUCUGAAUAGUGGCUUAGAGAAAUGAGAAGCAGAACGUCAUGGAUUUAAGUCAAACAUUCAUACUGACUCUGAUAGACAAUAUAAAUUUCUAAUAAAAUUUAUAGAAACAUUAUUUAGCUUUAUUUUUGCAGGAAUGUUCUCCAUGUGCAUGCAGGGGUUUUCUCUGGGUACUCCGGCAGAAUGUUUGAUGGAUGGUGAAUGUUUGGACUGCUAGUCAGUCUCUAACACUGAACAUGCAUUAAAAAUACGUUUUAUGUCUCAGCAAGUGAUGUUCCCCCCACAGAAUGAAUGAACUCAAAUAAAAAGUUGAAUUGUUGAAAUGUAAUCUGAUGCUUCUGCAAAAAAAGAUAAAUUGAUUUCAAUGUUUUUAAUAUAUCUUAAUCAGGAAUGACAAUAAUCGUAGAAGGUGCUCUAUAAGUUAGAGCUCCCUGAGAUCAAGAAUGAGUGGUUCAUGUCAUGGAAAAAUACAUUUUACAUUCAAAGGGAUCCAGAUUUUGAGAUUAAGCAACAGCAGAGACCUACGUAAUCAAAGUUUCAUUUCUCGUUGAACCAAAUGAACCCAAAAGAAAUGAACUGAUGUGACGUAAAAUCAGACCCUCGGUUCCUCUCUGUUGAUUUUGGUUAAUGUUUCACAGUGUGUAAUAGUCUCUGCUCUGCUGGGUGUUUGAACUGGACAUUUUUUCCUCUCCAUUACACCUCUUAGGAUCUGACCCGAAUUGACUUGUUUUCUCUUGUUUUGUUUUCCUUCUCCUUACUGUCGCUCUCCCACUGUUCUCCAUUUACUCUUUUUCAAUCCAUCUUGGUGUCAACACCAACUCCUCCUCUUCCUCCGCCUCCUCUGUUCUCUUUGUCUGAAGAUGCAGAUUGUUGCCUCUUCUUCCCCCUAAACUUGCAUGUUUUCCCUUCUUGCCUCCCUGUUAAACGUGGGAACCCACCCUCACCCUCAAUUGUUUGCCUGCCUUCACUCACUCGAUGUCUGUCCCGUCCUCCCUCUUUCUCUCUUCAUCUUUCCCUCUCUGCACCACUUCUUCUCCUUCUCUUCUUCCUGUCUGUCGAUCCGUCCCUGUCCUCCCUUCGUCUCUUGCUCCCACAGAUAGCAGCGACAGUGACCUGGAGCUGUCAACGGUGCGUCACCAACCCGAAGGGCUGGACCAGCUGCAGGCCCAAACCAAGUUCACCAGGAAGGAGCUUCAGUCUCUUUAUCGAGGCUUCAAGAACGAGUGUCCCAGUGGGAUGGUUGAUGAGGAGACGUUCAAGACCAUCUAUUCUCAGUUCUUUCCCCAAGGAGACGCUUCCACUUACGCCCACUUCCUCUUCAACGCCUUCGACAUGGAUAGAAAUGGCUCGAUCCGCUUUGAGGACUUCGUCAUCGGCCUGUCGGUUCUGCUGAGAGGUUCGGUCACAGAGAAGCUCAACUGGGCUUUCAACCUCUACGAUAUCAAUAAGGAUGGUUACAUCACCAAAGAGGAGAUGCUUGCUAUCAUGAAGUCCAUCUAUGACAUGAUGGGGCGAUACACGUACCCCUGCGUACGGGACGAUGCGCCGUCAGAGCAUGUUGAUAAGUUCUUCCAGAAAAUGGACAAAAACAGAGACGGGGUGGUGACUAUUGAAGAGUUCAUAGAGACGUGUCAGAAGGCAACUACUUCAUGUAGAAACAAACAAAAACACAGUAGGGAUACGACCUGUGUUUACAACCGCAGAUCUAACUACAUCUGCACUAAUGAAGGUUUUCAAUCCGUCCUGCUGUCCUGUUCUGGCAAAAGUUGUUUUUCCCCACAUGUCAAUUUAUUGAAUCAACACCCAAAAUAAAAACCCACCAGCUGUUAAAAUGUGUGAUUAUGGCAGUUGAAAUGUACAUAAAGUAUUUUUUAGACUCACCACACCAUCAUUGCAAAAACCCCCAAAACAAAACACUUGUUUACAGGCUUAUAAGUGUAUUGUUAUCUAGCAAGCAUCUUUGCUUUAAAAUGUCAUUUAUGAGAGCUAUAAUUACUUGUUUUGGGAACAUCCCAGUGUUUAAAUUUUAUUAAUCUUUUAUAAUUUCUCUCGUAAGACAUGUAUACAAUUUCAAUGCCGUCCACUGAAGAGGAAACCCAUAAACAUCUAUUAGAGCUGUAUUACCAACAUUAACCAAACAUUUACCAUAAACUAUUUUUCUCAAUUAAGUUUGAUUGGUUUGGAUAUUUUUUUUCUCCUAAUAAAAUUAAUCAUAAUUUGAAAACUGCAUUUUGUAUUUAAUCAGGCUAUCUCGGUCUGAUAUUUUAAUGUGUUUAAUGAUUUGAAACAUUCAAGUGUGUCAAGAAAGCAGAAACUGAAUAAAACUGUAAGGCAAAUGUGUCAAACUUAAGGCCCGAGGGUCAAAUCUGGCCCGCCAUAGUUAUUUACGUGGCCAAAUUACAUCAUUGUGAAAAGAUGUUGAAUGCUAUUUAAUUUUACAAAGCAAGCUAUAAUAUUUUAGCAGUUUAACAAGUAGCUCUUUGACAAAAUUCCUGAUCUUGGUGUUUGAGGGAGCGAAUACUUUUUCACAUCACCGCAGGUUGUUUUUGUACUUGGUUUAAAAAACAGAGAGACGUUUUUCUGAAAGUGAGUCUAAACUUUAGCUUC